AUGAAGCCAUACGGUAGAAGAGGAGUGAUCAGGGAGGAGAGGAUUUUCAACUACAGACUCUCAAGGUGGAGGACAGUGUUGGACAAUGCUUUUGGGAUCCUAGCCAAUAGAGUCAGGUGUCUCCUCAGGACUUUAGAGCAGAAUCCGAACAGUGUGAAGGAUAUGGUUGAGGCGGCAGUAAUUCUACUGAGGCGGAGGCAUCAAUGCAUUGCAGCACAAGAGGCGGACCAUGAGGCUGAAAACCACAAUGUCAUCCCGGGAAUAUUCAUGAUCCAAACGAUGGCGGGUACAAUGGAGCUAACCCAAACCCAACUUUACCAGUUGGCAGAGAAGGUCAGUCCCAAUGAUUGGGUAACCCUUGGAGUCCGUCUGGGAUUCCCGUAUAACAAGAUAGAGCAGUGGAAGGAAGAACAUAAAGGGAACAUUCAGAAUGGUAUUUUUAAUAUGCUGGCCACUUGGCUUGGCAUCCAUCCUACCUUCACCAAACCAGACGCCAGGAAGUUUGUAGCCGAUCAGUUCAAAGCAAUAGACAAGAUCGACCUGGCGUACUCCCUUAUCAACACAGAAGUCUGCUUUGUACCACCUGAUCAUAUUAAAGUCAGUGACUCAUCAAGACAAUUCGAGUAUGAGCUUCGAAGUUGUCAGAAAGAAAGAGAGCUAUCAUUCAAUGUUUCAAUGGAGUCGAGAGAGGGGCUGGUACAUCCUUCACUCAUACUGGCAAAUCUUUCUAUGCCCUGCGAAUUCGCCGAUAAGUUGUGUGCUUGUAUACAUGCUCUCGGGCUUCGGCUCAUCCGGAUGCAGCUUCAGAGUGGACCCGGAAGUAGUAUUAAGGUCACCGUGGCUGCUAUCGAUGAAGAUGGCGUCAAGGAACUACGAACGCGGCUGAUGUCACAACAGAUUCACUUCAGAGAAGACCUUAAGCGGAUCAUAUGCAAAUAUGUUUCCUUUGAUAUCGAGGAGUCUGCAAUUUAUCUUCAAACUUCAUUCUCUGAAGAAGAGUUUGGACGGGUCAUCCAAUUGUUUCGUGAUGAAGCAAGCUCGGCAUCUUCCAAUGCGGCACCUUUACGAGUCAAUAACCUUGAGAUCGUCCGACUAGCCAAACAAUUGGAUGCUAAGAUGCUUACUCUACUUGGCUUAAAACUUGGUGUAACAGAGCCUGAGAUGAGUGAUCUCCGAAUCCAAGGCAAGAAUAGCCGCUCGAUAUUCGAACAUAUGCUUUUUGUUUGGAAAUCAAAGCACAGUCCCUGCAUGGAUGACCUUUCCGAUUUGGCUGAGAUUUUGGGGUCGGUGGGUGCCGCUUUAUUAGCCCACCAACUCCGGCGAGGAGAGCUGAGAGAAACCGAAAGGGAAGGUUGGUUACAUUUCCACCAAUUUAGAUGUAUCCUAAUUAUAAUUAUUGAUUAA